AUGGUAUUUUUCCGAACUUGUCACGUUCGACCGAAAGCUCCAUUAGUAAGGAGAAUUAAUGAAGUUUUUGGAGAUCGAACUUACGGGUAUUUCACGGCCAACGAAGCACUGGAUGUGUUGGAAAGUUCUCAUUAUUUAACUUUAAAAAAUGAUCUGAGGCUUAUAUACAACACCACAGUGAGGGCCAUUGAAGACAAGGCCAACAAAGCUGCGCGAAUAAGGAGAGGCUAUGAGCAAAUGGGAAUGAUACCACCAGUCUUGCAUCUGUCAAAAGAUGAAAAACCUCUAAGCGAAUCUGCAAUUCGGUCUCAUUUUUCUAAUCUCUGUUUGAAAGCGACACGAGAAGUUACAAACCCUCUACAUAAUUCGUACUGGGCCGGAAAAAAAAGCCUAACAUUGCCAUCGAUGCCAGGGAGUGCAGCCUCAGCGAUAGAAUGGAAUGAUUUCAUUCAAAAGCUAGUAGCCUACAAUACCUUUAAUGCUCGUUCAUCCCAAAACCAAAUAGAUCAGGCUAUCGGAUCAGCAAUCAAUAUUGCAGGACACAAACUUACUCUGGUAUCUUUCAACAAAAUCCUACUCCAUUUUGCUUUGAAAUACGACUUGACGACCAUGACAGAAAUACUUGACUCUAUGACCACUAUUUACGAUUUGAAGCCCGACAUCCAAACAUAUAACAUUUUUCUCAACACCAUUUUGCGGUCCCGGGCUAAACAUAGGGUAAGAAGAUGCAUAUCGAUUUUGAAUAUGAUGGAACAGCAAGGUAUAGCCCCCAACAAGUAUACCUGGAACAUUAUAUGUGGAGGAUUGAAGGAUGUACAUGAAAUCUUGCAAUUUCUUCGCCAAUUCCAUAAGUUUCAGAUUCCCUUACUAUGCCAAAAGAAUCUUGCAAAAUCUGGUGUCCAGUUCCCGAUACUUAAAGAGCUUUUCGAUCCGGCGACCAAAAUUGACUACAGUACUGCAUAUGAUUUGCUGUCGUUAGGUAUCAGGGUAAAGCUUUUAGAAGAAGGUCAAUUGGGAGAAGCAUUUAUCUACAUGCAAAAUGUUUGCAGUCAAAGCCGAAGUAGCGAUCACUCUGCAUUUGUGCUGACUCCGAAAUUCGACAUUCUUAAGCUCUUCAUGGAUUACAUCUUGUUUGAGUUACAGAAUCUACCGUACGCGAUAGCGUUUUUGCAGUAUUUCGAAAACUCUUACCCUAAUGUUGUGGACAAUGAUGAUAAUAGAAAUCAGUUAUAUGCAAUAUUAUUGACUUCGAUGAAGCAAUUCCAAGACUCGCCAAUGUGGGAGCCCUUAGUUAGGUAUUUUUUCCAGAGGACGAUCGAUGAUCGUGGAAGAACCGUCUUAUCCACAAGUACAAUUACUCAACUCACAGAAUUAGGAGAGCAAAAAAUGAAAGAACAAUUUCAAAAGAAUACAUCAAAUACCUUCAAUAUUACAGACAGCCCCACUUUGAUAGAAAGAACGACCAUCAACAAAAUCUUCAAGCAACUUCGAUGGCCUGGCUCGGCAUACGGUGAACAACCAAUAUGGGAACUGGAAAAAAAUGCCCCCUCAUUUCGCCAAGCUUGCAAGAUGCUGGGGUAUUUUGGAAACACGAAAGUUGAUGGUCCGGAGAAAAAGAAUACCACCACAGAAAGCUCUGAUAUUUGGCAGACUUUCGAACUCCCUACAAGAGAAGCUUUCCACGAUUCGCUACCGUUUGACGUCGCGGUAUCGGAACGUUUCGAUGAUAGCCAUAACUAG